AUGCCGGUGCGGAUCGGGUGCGGGUGCGGCGCCCGGGUCUCGGCGUGCGGGAGGUGCGGGUCCCGCCCUGCCCGGGAUGCCGGUGCCGGAUGCGGGUCCCUGCCCCCCGGUGCCGGUGCCGGUGCGGGCGCUGCCGCCGCUGCCGGGGAGGCGGGCGGGAGGCGGGCCGGUGACUCAUGGCUUCCCAACGGCGGCGGCUCCUCCCCGCGGCCGCCGGCCCCGCGCAGCCCCCGGCACAUGGGCCGCGGCUCCGGCAGCGCGGAGCUGGCCAUGGCCGCACCGCCCGCCCGCUGCCCCGACUGCCCGGGGCCGGAGCGGGGGGGCGGCGGCGCGACCUCCGCCGUGCCACACCUCGGCAUUGCGGUGAACGAGGGGGACGUGCUGCCCGGGGCGCUGCGGAUCGUGCGGCGGCUGAGACCCGCCUGGGACCCGGCCACGGUGAAGACCAAGCUCUUCACUGAUGGCAUCACCAACAAGCUGGUGGCCUGCUACACGGACGAGGGCAUGGCGGACGCGCUGCUGGUGCGGGUGUACGGCAGGAAAACCGAGCUGCUGGUGGACAGGGAGACGGAGCUGAGGAAUUUCCAGGUGCUCCGAGCCCAUGGAUGCGCCCCCGACCUCUACUGCGCCUUCCAGAACGGGCUCUGCUACCAAUUCCUGCCAGGAAUCGCGCUGGGACCCGACCACGUGAGGGAUCCCCACAUUUUCAGGCUGGUGGCCCGGGAGAUGGCCCGAGUCCACGCCAUCCACGCCAACGGGAGCCUCCCCAGGCCCAUCCUGUGGCAGAAGCUGCACAAAUACCUCAGCCUGGUGAAGACAGAGCUCAGCCCAAAGGUAUCCAACGCCAGCCUCCCGCGGGACGUGCCCAGCCCCGAGGCGCUGGAGCAGGAGCUGGCCUGGAUGCAGGAGACGCUGUCGCAGCUGGGCUCCCCCGUGGUGCUGUGCCACAACGACCUCCUGUGCAAGAACAUCAUCUACGACAGGACACGAGAGCGCGUGCGCUUCAUCGACUACGAGUACACGGGCUACAACUACCAGGCCUUCGACAUUGGCAACCACUUCAACGAGUUCGCAGGUGUGAAGGAGGUGGAUUACGGCCUCUACCCCAGCAAGGAGACGCAGCUGCAGUGGCUGCACUCCUACCUGCAGGCCUACAAGGAGCUCACCCAGGGCCACCCAGGUGACAGCCAGGUGUCCCAGGAGGAGCUGGAGACCCUCUACGUGCAAGUGAACAAGUUCUCCUUGGCGUCCCAUUUCCUCUGGGCCUGCUGGGGCCUGAUCCAGGAUAAAUAUUCCACCAUAGACUUUAAUUUCUUACGAUAUGCAAAGUUAAGGUUUAAACAGUACUUCAAGAUGAAGCCGGUGGUCACAGCCCUGCAGGUCCCCAAGUAGGGGCCACCCCGAGCUCUCCUGUCCUGGCCGUGCCCUCGCGCCCCCCUCGCCCCUCGCCCAGCCCGGCCGCGGUGCCAAGGGGGACAAGAGGAGCCCUGCCCCGGCCGCCACCGCUCCCAGGAGAGCCUGGCCACCCCCAAGACUGGACCAUGAGAUGCUGGAGAGGACCAGGGCCCCGGCGAGGCCCCAGCCCAUGCCAGGAAGCCUCACCACCGCCUUAAU